AUGUAUUAUAAUAGCCCAAUUCACAAUCUAGUGUAAAUGGUCUUGAAUCAUUGCAUUUGCAAAUGGUUUAGUAUAUUUUUACUUUACACAAACAAAAUAUACAGAAAUACUCAUGCUACGCUUUAUAAAAUAUACUACACAUAAAUACGUAGUUUUUAUUUACUCAACUUUUGCAAUACAAACUGACAGCUCAAAAAAUAAAAAAUUUAUAUAAAAACAAUUUAAAAAACAAACGAAAAAUUUAAAAAAGCAAUAAAAAAUAAGAAAUUGAACCAAAAAUGGACCAAAGGCCAUAAAUAGGAUUAUACUAUAUCUUCCAGAACCACCGGAGAUAGAGAAGCUCUAAAAUCAACAUUAUGGUCCAAGCAAAAUCCUAAGUGCAGAUAAUCAAGUAAACACAACUCCCCAUAUUUUCGAUACUUAUAUAAAUGAAAACAAAAAAUCCGUUUCAAAAUUAAAAAGUAUAAUUCAAAAUCUUGUGGGAUGGCUUUUAGCUGCUGGCCUCGACAUGAAGAAAAAAAAAUUGAAACUUCAAUAAUUGAAACGCAAACAUUAGAAACUGAUUUUUCUCUACCAACAAGUGAUGUCAUAAUAAUAGAUUGUGGUUCAAAUGCUUGUAAAGUUGGCUUUUCAGGUGACAAUAAACCUCGGCACUCAAUACCCACCAUAGUGGGUAGACCUAAGCAGAAAGUUGCUGUAGGUUAUCGUUCGGAACAAGAUUCUUUUGUAGGUUAUGAGGCACAACAGAAGCGUGCAGUACUUAAUCUCAAUACUCCCAUUGAAAGAGGCAUAAUAACAAAUUGGGAUGAUAUAGAGGUGUAUUUCGAUUAUCUCUUCCACGAAAGUUUACAACUAAAUCCUGCCGAUUAUCGUAUAUUGCUCACAGAAACUCUUAAUAAUCCGAACAGAAAUCGUGAAAAAUUAUUAGAAUUAAUGUUGGAAAAAUUUCGCGUUAAAUCAUUCUUCCUAACACCAGCACCACCAUUGGCUUUGUAUGCCUAUGGUUUUUAUACAGGUGUUGCAUUGGACUCAGGAGAGGGUCAAACUCAUAUAGUACCAGUAUAUGAAGGUUUUGCAAUGCCUCAUAGUACCCGUUAUAUACCCAUGGGCGGUAAAGAUAUCGAUAAAAUGUUGGAAAAUAUUCUUGCUCAGAAUAAAGAUACAUUGUAUUUUUUGCAAACAUCUACAGAAAGAGAAUUUCUUAGAGAUAUCAAGGAGCAAUUAUGCUAUGUAGCCUUUGAUUACCGCGAAGAGUUUGCUAAACCUGCGCUUAAACCAAAAUCUUAUCGUUUGCCCGAUGGCAAUUAUGUUAAUUUAAGUAACGAACUUUUUCGUUGCACCGAGGCUUUAUUCGAACCCACUUUGUUGGAUGUCAAAACUGGUGGCAUUCAUGAGAAUAUAUUUAGAUCUAUUCAUUUAUCCGAUUCUUCGAUAAGACAUUUACUUUAUGGUCAUAUAGUCUUAAGUGGUGGCAAUACUUUAUUUCCCGGACUUCAACAUCGUUUAGCCAAUGAAAUGCGUUUGAUGUCGGAACCUGAUGCUACUAUAAAUAUUCAUGCAAAGUCGGAUCGUAGCAAUGCAGUAUUUUUGGGUGCUUCUCUAUUGAGUUCGUUAGCCAAGUUUAAGGAUAUGAUGAUUACAUAUCCAGAAUAUUAUGAAACUGGUCCAGCAAUUGUUAAUAGGAAGUGUUUUUAAUCUAAGGUUUAAAGGUAUAAAACAAUCGCGAAUAAUUUUUAAAAUUUAUAGUGAAAUGUUAAAAAUUACAAUAAAUAAAGUAAAAGUAAAAAAGUAAUAAGUAAAGUAAGACUCUGUUCUGAAAUAGAUGUAAUGUACCAUGCCUCUAUUUUAGGAUAGCAUAUGUAAAUGUGGGAACUUUUAUAAUCCUAAGCAACCAGGAUCAGUAUAAAGAAGUCAAGUAAAUAUAAAAAGAA